AUGCCUCCAAAUCGACAUCACGUUUUGCUUUUCGGCGACCAGACCGAUGAUGUGACGAGUAGCAUCAUCAGUCUAUACACAGCCAGCAAACAAUCUGGACUUCUGGCUAGAUUCCUACAAGAUGCAUCCGAUCUUUGCCAGAUCGAGUUCGGCAACCUGCAGCCUGAUUUUAGGAACGAGACGCCACCUUUCGAGUCUCUUCUUGAGAUGGCAGAGAAUCAUGGGAAGACGGACGGCUCACCUGUACUUGCGUCUUGUGCCGUGUCGUACUUCGCUCGAUUGGGACAGCUCGUCCUUCGAGCAGAGCAAGAUCCUACGAUCCUCUUAGGCCCGCGUGUCCUCAUUGGGUUGUGUAUCAAUCUCUUUCCGGCAGCAUUAGCGGCCGCGGCCAGGAGUGCGACGGAGCUCACAAGGCUCUCAUUGGAAGGUUUCCCUUCCUACUUCAGCUUGGCCGUAGCCAAUCAUACCCGAACAAAACAGAUCGAGCAGACACACGGUGAAUGGUCGUGUAUGGUCUCGACACCGUCAGAUCUCAAUUUGCAGUCACUGUUGGACAAGUUCCACGAAGAACAUGAUAUCCCCAAUCACAAGAGAACUUGGAUCGGGGUAGUCGGUCGCGGCUGGGUGACGGUGAGCGGGCCGCCUUCGAUCCUGAAGUUGCUCAUGGUAGGAUGCCCAGAGUUCAAAGCUCUAUCCCCAAUGACGCUUCCCGUUGCCAGUGCCGUCCAUGCACCACAUCUCCCUUCGUUCGACUUCGAGUCGACCGCCAAGCCUUCGUAUAUAUGGGAUUUGCCGCUACAAGAGGGGGCUUGCAUCAUGGCUACCGAUGAUUGUGUCCCGUACUCGACGAAAACUCUCGGCGAAGUCGCACGACAGAUUAUACCCGCCAUACUAAAAGCCCCCUUGAUGGUUAAAGGGGCAUUCGCAGCUACAGCUGAGUACCUAAAGACAGCCGGUGCCACCGCUGCUGUUUCUGUUCUUGGACCUUCAGCCCAGGCUAACUCCCUAGUUCGCACUCUCAACCAUGCUGGGAUUCAAGCCGAUAUACUUCCAGCUCCAGGCAAUGUGCCCAAUAUACCAGGGAGGGCCAGGUAUGGUGCGGUGGCCAUCAUCGGUAUGUCAGCAAGACUGCCCAAGGCGAAUAAUCUCGAGGAGUUCUGGCAACUCCUGAUGGAGGGACGAAUUACUCAUGAAAAGAUUCCGCCUGAUCGCUUUGCAUUGGACGAUUUUUAUGAUCCUACAGGCACUAGGAAGAACACAAUGAUGAACACAGACGGCUGCUUCCUUUCCGAUCCCGGCGACUUCGAUGCUCGACUAUUCAACAUGUCUCCAAGAGAAGCUAUGCAUGUGGACCCCACGCACCGUUUACUGCUGAUGGCGAGCCUCGAGGCGCUUGAAAGGGCCGGAUACAAUCCCGGGGCGAAUCACUCGUCACGGAAUGAGAAGACGGCCGUUUACUUCGGUCAAAACGCUGACGUCUGGCGUGAAGUCAACGCAGAGCAAGGUAUUGACAUUUUCACCGCUCCUGGUAUACUCCGGGUGUUCUCCCCAGGAAGAGUUAGUCAUUAUUUUGGCUUUCAUGCAGGAUCGUACAGUGUUGACUCAGCUUGCUCGUCAAGCGCUACGGCUAUUCAGCUCGCCUGUGACUCGCUCAUGAACAGGAGCUGCAACUUAGCUCUCGCGGGAGGUGCGCAGAUUGCGAGCAGUCCCUUUGAGUUUUCUGCCCUGGGAAAGUCCGGGUUCUUAUCGCCAUCCGGUGGGUGCAAGACAUUCCGCGCAGAUGCUGAUGGGUACUGCCGCGGGGAAGGGGUAGGCGUGCUCGUGUUAAAGAGACAUGAAGAUGCACUGGCGGACAAUGACAAUAUCGAAGCUGUCAUCACGGGAUGGGGCCGCAACCACUCUGCUGGGGCGUCGUCUAUGACACAUCCUCACACCAAAGCUCAGGAGGAAUUAAUUCGACGAGUUCUUCGUCAGGCGAAUACGAAGCCUAGCGGGAUUGGAUACGUAGAAUGUCACGGAACGGGCACAGUGCUUGGAGAUCUGGCUGAGAUGACAUCAAUCACUCGCGUAUUUGCCAAGCAUUUCAAGCCUGCACCUAUCCAUGUUGGAUCCCUAAGAGCAAAUGUUGGCCACUCAGAGAGUGCAGCUGGUGUUUCGUCGGUCAUAAAGGCGGUCAUGUUACUCAAGACAGGCGCUGUCCCUCCACAGGCUGGGAUCACACCCGACACACAGCUACACCCGGGUUUUGCUGAUUUAGACAUGUCUUCCGUUUGCAUCGACUCUCAGCCAAACAUAUUGGACAUCACUAAGCAGAAGAUACUAGUGAAUAGUUUUGACGCUGCAGGAGGGAACACUUGCUUGCUGAUUGAGAAAGCACGUAAGCUAGUUGAUAAAACACUUGGACGCGAUUCUCGAACCUGUCACCUAGUUACUAACAAGAAAAAUCUUCUAGAAUACCUUGUCAAUCAUCCGGAGAGUAGACUAUCGGAUGUGGCAUAUUCGACGACAAGGCGCAAGAUGUACCACCCCCUGAGAUCUGCCUACGCCGUAGGAUCAACACAUGAUUUGAUCGAGCAAAUAAGAAGAGAUGUCUCUCACCACGAUCAAAACGAUUCUUUUAUCACUGGGAAACCAAAAGUUAUAUUCCUAUUCGAUGGCCAGGGAGCAUCUCUAUUUGGUGUUGCUCGAGAGUUAUACGAGACCCAUCCAGCUUUCCGAAAAUAUUUAACUGGCCUUCAGGACAUGUGUGAGCAACUAUGCCCGGAUAUGCGCCGCACGAUACUUAGCAUUCUUAUUGCUCAACAUGCAGACACCAAUGGUUCCUUUGUUACUGAAGAGCACCUAGCCAUUGUGUGUGUCCAGCUCGCUUUGGCAGACUUAUGGCGAUCGUGGGGUAUGCAACCAGAUUUGGUUCUAGGACAUAGCAUCGGCGAAUACGCUGCGCUAUCGGUAGCAGGCAUACUGUCCGUAGCCGAUACUCUGUGGUUGGUUUCGAAACGUGGAAGAUUAUUUGAAAAGACUUACACGGCUAGUGAAUAUGGUAUGCUCAGCUUGUCUGCGACGGCCGACGAUAUUCUAGCACUAUUGCAGGAGAAAGGACUACGCGAUACCUGCGAUAUUGCAUGCUUCAACAGUGAUACCUCUCAUGUCGUCGGAGGCCUGACUACAGAGUUAUGCAAGCUCGAAGAUGGCGCUAAAUCAAAAGGCGUUGCUACAAAACUCCUAGAGAUGCCUCACGCUUUUCACUGCAGUCACAUGGAACGCAUAUGGGAACCACUUCAAAAAGUAGCAAGUAAGGUCUCUUUCUUUCCUCCCCGGAUCCCGGUGGCCUCGACAGUGACGGGUAAGAUCGUCACCCAAGAAAGCAUCUUCAACGCCAACUAUAUUGCUCAUCACGCCCGUCAUCCUGUCAAAUUCAGCCAUGCCUUGAAGAGUAUCGAGUUAUUCCUGGAAUCCGACAAGGCCUCGCCUGUAUGGAUUGAUAUUGGGCCAAGCUCGACCUGCCUGGCUUUGCUUCGCCAAACAUUGGAUGCCCACCCCUCCCAUCUUUUAUCUUCUUUGCGCAAGUCUGAAAGUAACUGGAAAACCCUCGCAACCUCCGUUGGAAAAGCGUAUGCCUCCGGGUUGAAGGUGGACUGGGCAGAGUUUCACCGGCCAUUUGUGCAUUCGUUGAAGCUUCUUGAUCUGCCAACUUACGCAUUCAACCUUAAGACGUACUGGCAACCAUAUACAACGGCCACUGCAUCUGCGGCUGGUAUUGAUAUGAGUGGCCGAGGUCAACGGCCAUACCAGUUCACACCCACGGCCACUAUCCAGAAGAUCCAACAUCAAGAAAUCAGCAGCGAGAUGGUCGACGUGACAUUCAUCUCUUCUCUAAGCGAUCCUCGACUGCGAGAUGCUAUUCGGAGUCACAGAAUUGAAGGUAGCUGCAUCUGCCCUACCAGCGUAUACGUAGAUAUGGCUUUUACUGCCGCAGCUUACGUACACGAGAUCGUUCGGACUGAGAAGAAUAAAUCCUUAGGCUCUCUCAAGGGGCUCAAGCUGCUAAAGCCGUUUGUUCUUAGUGAAGGCUCAGGAGAGCAAGUAAUCGAAAUACGAGUUGUUGCCGAGAAAGAGAAUAAUUGGGAUGCCUCUGUCUCAUUUAGUUCUGAGGAUGGAUCUCAUGGCUCGUGUGACGUUCCUAGCAAUACUAGCUGUAUGGAACAUGAAUCUGAAGGGAAUGAAGCAAUAGCAAAGGCACUAUCACGCAGCGCAAAUCUCAUCGAUAUGGAGGGCGACCUUCACACCCAAGUCGACCAUCUACAUCGCCGGAUGUUCUACAAGCUAUACGACACAGUUGUCACAUAUUCUGAUCGCUACCAAGGGAUCAUGCAGGCCUGGAGCCCUGAAGUGCCUAAGGAUUCUAAGAUCCAGGAGAUCGUGGCGGAGGUGAAGCUCACCGCAACACCUGAUGGAGAGGUAGAUGCGUUUACCUUGAGCCCGUAUCACAACGACGCACUCGUACAUGCUGCAGGUUUCAUGUUGAAUAUCCAGGCAUCAGAUGAUGGACCCGACACCCUCUAUUUCUCAGUCGGCGCCAGCAGCAUCACGAUUCUCGCACAACUCAGCGACAACAAGACGUAUCAGAGCUACUGCCGCACAGUCGAAGUCACGAAAGGAGAAAUUCUAGCAAACGUCUACAUCUUCGCUGAAAAUAAACUUGUUGGGAUUGUGACAGACCUCAUGUUCCGCCGGAUGAAAAGAGCUAUUCUGAGAAAUAUGUUACAUGCGGCACGUCGCGAUGAAUCACCACCUACGCCUGACCAUGCACAAAAGCCAGCUCUACAACUCGAUGUGGACGUACAUGAGAGUCCAACACCGCGACCAACUAAUGCGAAAUGCAACAUGGUAGAUUCAUUCAUAUCGACUCUCGUUGAAGAAGCUGGCGUCGACCCAGAAGACGUCAAGGAUAACGUCUCGCUCUCGGAACUAGGCGUGGACUCUCUAAUGGCGAUGGCAAUCAUACAGAAAUUGAAGAUGAAGACGGGCUAUGUACUGCCUAUGACGACUUUCGCAGAGCUAUAUACUAUACGAGACGUGCGCGAGAGACUGGGCACUCUUAAUAACGAGUUAAACCCAACGAACAAUACUACCGCUCAAACAACGACUGAAGAAAACCACAACGCGAGCUCCUCCCACAACCACACGCCACCCUCAAACCCAGAAACGCACACACCAGCCCUAAAAACCCUCUACAAAAGCAACGCAGUCCUCAUCCAAGGCGAAGCAACCUCAUCAGCGCACCCGCUCUUCCUAAUCGCAGGCUCAACCGGCUCAGCCUCAAUAUACACGCAUCUCCCCCCUCUCGCGUCUCACACGCCAAUCUGGGCCCUCGAAUCCCCCUUCUUGCACGACCCAUCCCUCCACACCUUCACACCCUCCGAUCUCGCGCCCAUCUACAUCGCCACAAUGCAAUCCAUCCAGCCGCACGGGCCAUAUCUCGUAGGCGGAUACUCCGCCGGCGCGGUGCACGCAUACGAAGUCUCCCGCGCGCUCCUGGACGCAGGCGAGGACGUAGAUAAAUUGAUCCUGGUGGAUAUGAAAGCGCAUUGUCCAGGCGAGACCUGGUCGACGGCGCCGCGCACGGAGGACCUGGAUGCCCUGCGUGACGCGCUCCUGAGAGAUGGCGAUACACGCGUCCAUGCCCUCCUGCGUACCCCGCCCGAUAAACUCGAGAACGAGAGAUUGUUCGCGGGCCUGCGGUGCGUGUAUGCCUGGCGGCCGGAGCCCAUGGAGGCCGGCAGACGGCCGAGAUACGGGACGGUUAUGAUCUGGGCAAGGCGCGGCGUGAGGCGGGAGCCGUGCGCGAUGAAUCCCCUGGCGGCGGAGAAUAGGGAUUACAAGGCGUGGUUUUGCGGAGACAGGGAGGCGUGGGGGGUGUACGGGGCGAAUGGGUGGGAUGUGCUCGUGGGGAAUGUGCGCGCGAGCGUGGUUGAGGGGGAUCAUUGGAAUAUGCUGCGGAUGCCUUGUGUAAGUGACCUGUGAAUUGUGAUAUGAGUAUCGCUUUGUGUAUGAGAAAUGGCUGACGAGAAGAGGAGUAUAGGCUGCUGAAGUAUCGGACGCGAUUGAUUGUGCUGUCACGGAUUGUUUGGAGAAUUAAAUCGGAUUGGAUAUCUCUUCAACUCUGAUGAACUAUCAUGUUAACGGCAUUUAAGGUAGAUGAGGUCGUGAAAGAGGGUCUUGGUUGCUUUUUGAAACUUCGAAAGACAUUGUGUUCCUCCCCGUAACGCGCGAGGGAUAGUGAGAUCUGCUAUGAAC